CGCUCAGUCAUGGCUGUGGUGGGCUUUGACUUGGGCUCGCAGAGUUGCUACAUCGCGGUGGCCAGAGCCGGGGGCAUCGAGACGGUGGCCAACGAGUUCAGUGACCGGUGUACUCCGUCAGUAGUGUCAUUUGGAUCCAAAAACAGAGCAAUUGGAGUGGCUGCUAAAAAUCAACUAAUUACACAUGCCAACAACACAGUAUUUAAUUUUAAGAGAUUCCAUGGACGUCCAUUUAACGAUCCUUUUAUUCAAAAGGAGAAAGCGCACUUGAGCUAUUGCGUAGUUCCACUGAAAAAUGGAAGCGUGGGGAUAAAGGUAACAUAUAUGGACGAGGAGCACUUAUUUAGCGUGGAACAGAUAACGGCGAUGCUGCUGACCAAACUGAAGGAGACUGCUGAGAAUAACCUCAAAAAGCCUGUUACGGACUGUGUUAUUUCAGUUCCGUCAUUUUUCACUGACGCAGAAAGGAGGUCUGUACUGGAUACUGCCCAGAUUGUUGGAUUAAAUUGUCUUAGACUAAUGAACGACAUGACAGCAGUGGCUUUGAACUAUGGAAUCUACAAGCAGGACCUUCCAGCUCCGGAAGAGAAACCAAAACUGGUGGUGUUUAUAGAUAUGGGCCAUUCCGCAUUUCAAGUAUCAGCCUGUGCUUUUAACAAGGGCAAACUGAAGGUCCUUGGUUCAGCUUUUGACCCCUUUCUGGGAGGAAGAAACUUUGAUGGGAAACUAGUAGAUUACUUCUGUGCUGAAAUAAAAGCCAAGUAUAAGCUGGACCCCAAGUCAAAAAUACGAGCCUUUCUCCGAUUAUAUCAGGAGUGUGAAAAGCUGAAAAAACUAAUGAGCUCCAACAGCACAGAUAUUCCACUUAACAUUGAGUGUUUUAUGAAUGAUAUAGAUGUGUCUGGAAAGAUGAAUAGAGCCCACUUUGAAGAAUUGUGUGCUGACCUCUUGCAAAGAAUAGACACCCCCCUUCGAUCAUUGAUGGAACAAACCCAGCUCAAGGUGGAGGACGUGCAUGCAGUAGAGAUAGUAGGUGGUGCCACGCGCAUGCCAGCCGUCAAAGAGAAGAUUGGGAAGUUCUUUGGCAAAGACGUCAGCACAACGCUGAAUGCAGAUGAAGCAGUUGCAAGAGGCUGUGCUUUGCAGUGUGCAAUUCUGUCUCCAGCUUUUAAAGUGAGAGAAUUCUCCAUCACAGAUGUUGUUCCAUUCCCAAUAUCAUUGCUGUGGAGUGCAGAGGCUGAAGAGGUCGAAGGAAUUCAUGAAGUAUUCAGCAGGCAUCAUGCAGCACCGUUCUCUAAAGUUUUAACAUUUUACAGAAAAGGCCCAUUUGAACUCCAGGCUUUCUUUUCUGAUCCUAGUAGUGUCCCCUACCCUGAGAAGAUGAUCGGCAAGUACAUUAUCCAGAAUGUUGCAGCUCAGAAUGAUGGAGAGAAAACAAAAGUCAAAGUCAAGGUCCGCAUCAACACUCACGGCAUUUUUAGUGUUUCUACUGCAUCUAUGGUGGAGCAGGUGAAAGCAGAAGAGAAUGAAAAUCCCAUUGUUGAGUCUGAAGUGGAUACUCCGAGCCAGAUACCGCUAGAGAAUUCCUGUGAUAAAAAUAUCCAGCAAGGCAACAGUGAGGCUGGAGCCCAGUCCCAGGUACAAAUAGAUGCUCAGCAAACAUCAGAGCCUCCCGCUUGCCCUGCACCUCCCUCUGAAGAAAACAAAACCCCAGAUGCUGGAAAAUCCACUCAGACAAGUGAAAAGAAAAGCGAUCAGCCUCCCGAAGCUAAAAAGCCCAAGAUUAAAGUGAAGAAUGUCGAACUGCCUAUCGAAGCAAAUUUGGUCUGGCAGCUUGGGAAGGAUCUGCUCAACAUGUACAUCGAAACGGAGGGCAAGAUGAUUAUGCAAGACAAACUGGAGAAGGAACGAAAUGAUGCCAAGAAUGCCGUUGAAGAGUAUGUUUACGAUUUCCGAGACAAGUUAUCUGGAGUCUAUGAGAAAUAUGUGUGUCCGCAGGACUACCAAAAUUUCUCCAAGCUACUGUCAGAGACAGAAGACUGGCUGUAUGAAGAAGGUGAAGACCAACCCAAACAGGUCUAUGUGGACAAAUUGGCUGACUUGAAGAAAUUUGGGACUCCCAUUGCAAUCAGAUAUCAAGAAGCUGAAGAACGACCCAAGCUGCUAGAUGAAUUAGGGAAUGCUGUUCAGCACUAUGCCAGGAUAACAGAAGAAUACAGAAACAAGGAUGAGAAAUACAUCCACAUCGAUGAAUCUGAAAUAAAAAAAGUAGAGAAGUGUGUCCGGGACACAAUGGAAUGGUUGAGCAAUGUGAUCAACGCCCAAGCAAAACAGAGUCUCGAUCAGGAUCCUGUGGUCCGUGCUAACGAGAUCAAAGGAAAGCUGAGGGAACUACACAACGUGUGUGGGCCCAUUGUAUCCCAACCAAAACCAAAAGUAGACUCUCCCAAAAGAGAAGAGCCUCUGGAUGUGCCCAUGACUCCUAAAACUGAAGACAUAGAAGAAAUAAAAAACAUUGAGACAGCACAACAAAAUGGCGAAUGCCAUAUGAAUGAUAGUCCAGUUAACAUGGACUUGGACUAGGCCGUUGCAUUUUCAGUGAGAAGUUACUUCAUGGAAAAUCCAUCAGGUGUAUUAUGUGAUGGGGGGGAAACCGUGUUUGGGGGAACUAUUUAUAUUUUGUUUAAAGCACUCCAAUUCUGUUGCAUUAUGUGGGGAAUGUAUUCAAAGGUAGGCUGCGAUAAUGAUAAUCCUAAAAGGAAAACUGCCUUGGUAAAUUUCAGAUUCCUGUGGAAUUGUGAACACUUACUAAAUCUGUGCGGGAAUUUAAACCUUUCAUAUCAACUGCAGAUACAUCCAAGAAUUGUUACAAAGGUCCUGCUCCUUUAAAAAGGGUUGCAGCUGGAGCUUUUGUAGAUGCCAAGGUAGUUUUCUUCCUCGCAUUCCAUGUCGGGUGUGUCUUUUCCAUU